AUGGGCAAUCCAUUGGUGGUCAAUAAGCUGAAACUAAUGGAAGUCAGCUCCCCAGAGUCAGGAGCUGAUUGGCAAGAGACAGAAACUCUGGAAGCAAAUUCACAGCGAGACAACAUCGUUCCUGAAGUUGUAGAGCCCAGACAGUCUGAGGGACUAUGCAAGGGAACUCUGCAUGAAAUCUGCCACCCAAGUCCAAAUGGAGUUGAUGAUUGCUUGGAGGCUCUGUGCUUCAGCACUUUUGAGGCAUACCUCUGUCAGGUAUACUGUUCUUUGCUGCACCAUCUUGUUCUUCUUAUGAGGUGUCUCAGGAUGGAGAGGCUGGAGCGGAAAACUGAAAAGGAUGAAGAAGAGCUUGAGAAAAGAAUAGCCCGGAUCAGGCAACAGAAUGAAGAAAUUUUGCGGCGGCAGAAGGAGAUAGAGGAAGACAAGAAAAGGGCUGCGGACAUUGUGGAUGAGGGGAUAUUAGAUUAUGUGCCAGAAGAACGUCACAAACCUCGUGUUCCUCGUGAGAAAAAGAGCUGGCCUCCGAUGCACAACCAUUCGGGCCGAGAAAAGCCACAUGAAGAUGAAAGCACUGGAUAUGGAUCUUCUAAGUUGAGACCUGGAGACUUGCCUCCACCUGACCCACCCAACUGGCUCCACAAUGAUCCUGACAGAGAAGGGGACACAUUUCAAGGGUCAAAGCGAAAUGUGCGGUCACAAAUGGACAAUGAUACAUCAUGGCCUCCAAACAGUCGAAAUAACAAGGAGCAGAAGGCCACAUGGGGCGAGAAAGUUGAAGGGGAUGGUGACCAUAGGUAUUCAUCUUCGCGAAGUGCAGGGAAGCAGAUGCGCCAAGAUCCUCAGAGGAAGAAAUAUGAAAGAAAUACCCAUAAUAAGCAAUCGGAAGAACGAUGGAGGGAAGAGAGGCGCCGAGUGGACGAAGAGAGGAUUCAGCGUCAGAAACUACCUGAUGGUAGUUGGAAAAGAGAAUGGGACUUGCAGAAAGAUGCAUCAUCCAGGAAAGACCAUGUUUCAUCUCCAAGAGAGGAAGGCCAGAAGGAAAUGGUAUUCUUCAAGAAAUCUGGAAGGCAGCAGGAGCAAAGAAAAGGAUUAGGAAGAGGAAAAGGCCAGAGUCAAGGGAUGAGUGGAGGAAGUGAAUCAUUUGAUAAUAUGAUUGAUGCUAAGAAUCGCAGUGUUAUUUCAUCUGGCGAGUCUCUUAUCAUCACAGUUCAAAAAGGUUCAAGCAGCUUGGGAGCUAAGGAUUCACCCAAGAAAAAAGAUGCAGAAGAACAAGAGAAAACUGCUUUCACAGCUGCUGGAGUUGAAGAAACCCUCAGAGCAAAUGUUGCAUCAAGUCAGCAGGAAGAACAAUUGGAAAUCAAGGGGAACAAAUCUUUGCCACUGCCACAAAGGAAUAAACGCAAAGAAACCCAUGGGAGCUCUUCUGCCGUUGAAGACACCAAAGCAGAAAAUCAGGAGGGAGAAGAUGAUCAGUGGGAAGACAUUGAUGAUGGAGGCGAAUGGGAAGAUGUCGAUGAUGACGGGAUCGAGCUCUCUGCAUCAUCAAAAAGCGACGUGAAAGAUGUGGACUGUCUUUCCACAUUGGUCUACGAACAUUCAUCCUAA